AUGUGGCGGUGUGUACGGCAGCCACAGGAUCUUCUCCUCCACACUUUGCACCAGUGGGGCGAACAAGCGCUGCAUAUCUGCAGCGGUAACUCCGGCCCCCUCGUGGUCAGCAGUGCAUUGAUCAGUGUCACGUCAUUCCGCGCGGCCGUCGGCUGUGAAUGGGGCAGACCGGGCGGUUUCGCUAGAGUUACCUACUUCAACUCCUGGAUUCGCGCGCGCAUGUAA